AUGACCUCGAACCAUUUUCCUGUUGGUACGCCGCCAUCUGAUGCCAUCUCCUCUGUCAAGUUCUCUCCACUUCCGAAUUCCUCCAAGCUCCUUGUCUCGUCUUGGGACCGAAACGUAUAUCUGUAUGCGGUGGAACCCGACCAGGGCUCUCCAGACCAGAAAACGUGCUCUCUCCUCCAGACCUUCGAAUACAGAGCCCCCGUACUAGAUGUCUGCUUCGGCGCAAACGAUGAGGAAUUCUACACAGCAGGCCUGGACUGGGAUGUACGCCAUACCAACGCCACAACAUCUGAGCAGACUGUCCUCAGUACCCAUGACGCGGGUGUAAAGUCUGUCGUGUACAGUAAAGAGCACAAUCUUGUCAUUUCCGCUUCAUGGGACUCCACCCUCCACAUUCAUCAGGCCACCUCCCCUUCCUCACCACCCGCCGUAAUACCGCUCCCAUCCAAAGCCUUUACCGUCUCAAGCACACCCACUAAACUUGUGGUUGGUAUGGCAUCGCGUGCUUUCCACAUCUACGAACUUUCGAACCUUGCCAAAGCCGCUGCCGAGGCUGCCACUCAAUCCUCACCCACUACCAUCGAUGUCGAUCCUCAUCAACGCCGCGAGGGCUCGUUAAAAUUCAUGACUCGGGCUGUUGCUACCAUGCCCACUGACUCCGGCUACGCUUCUUCUAGCAUCGAAGGUCGCGUGGCAGUCGAAUGGUUCGACGCGUCAAGCGAGUCUCAAUCCCGGAAAUACGCGUUCAAAUGCCACCGGCAGACGAUCGAUGGUGUUGAUGUUGUCUAUCCUGUUAAUGCUCUGGCGUUUCACCCUAUACAUGGUACUUUUGCUUCUGGCGGUGGUGACGGAUUGGUUGCGUUGUGGGAUGGAGUAGCAAAGAGGCGAAUAAGGCAGUAUCCAAAGUACGGCAGUAGCGUUGCGGCUUUAGCUUUCAGCGCUGAUGGGCGCUAUCUCGCUGUCGCAGUUAGCCCAGGAUUUGAAGAUGGCAAGGAUGAAAUUGCAGAGGGCAGCGUCAACAUAUUUAUUCGAGAAUUGGGGCCUACAGAGGCGAAAGGGAAAGGAGCAAGAUAA